GGACAAAUAAAUGCCUUUUUCACAGACACUAUCGGUGGUCCUGUUCCAGAAGUCUUCUUCAUCCCCACCCUGGCUUUGUGGAUCAGUCACUUUCAGGAUGCGUUUGGUGUGUACUUUGGGUGUCCUUGUGGCCCUGCUGCAUCUGUCUACGUCUUUGCUGCUGGGGGCCUUCAAUAUAAAGUCAUAUGGGGACAAGAAAGCUUCCAACACAACCUUGAUGAACAUCAUCAGCAAGAUUGUCCACCGCUAUGACAUCAUUCUGAUCCAGGAAGUCAGAGACAAUGAUCUCUCAGCCACCAAAAAACUCAUGCAGCAUGUCAACAAAGGUUCUCCUCAAUUUAGGUACAAGCACAUCGUCAGUGAGCCUCUUGGUCGGAGUUCUUAUAAGGAGAGAUACCUCUUCCUGUACAGGGAGCAGAUAGUAUCUGUGGCCAAAAGCUACACUUACGAUGAUGGAUGUGAGCCCUGUGGGACAGAUACCUUCAUCAGGGAGCCCUUUGUUGUCAUGUUCACCUCCAAUGAUACUGCUGUGAACAACUUUGUUCUGAUCCCACAACACACUUCCCCUGACUACGCUGUGCAGGAAGUGGACGAGCUUUACGAUGUGGUGACUGACGUCCGCUCCAGAUGGAACACCAAUGAUAUCAUUCUUCUGGGAGACUUCAACACAGACUGCAGCUUCAUCACAGUGGCAGAGUGGGAUCAGAUCCGCCUCUUCACGGACAAGAGCUUCCAUUGGCUGAUUCCUAAUGAGGCUGACACCACCGUGUCUCACACUAACUGUGCAUAUGACAGGAUAGUGGUGACUGAUGACAUGAUGAAAGGAGUAGUGCACCACAGUGCUGCAGUAUACGACUACAUGAUGGACAUGAAACUCAGCUACAGUAUGGCUCUGGCUGUCAGUGACCAUUUCCCUGUGGAAGUGAAGCUACUUGGUUGGAAUAGCGUUUGCCAUUGAGUCUGCAAAACAAUAAAAUUCAGCCAUUUCAGUGCAAA